ACAUAUAUGCUGUCAGAUCCUCUUCUUCCUCAUAUAUUAGGAUUUAGGGUUUUAAACCCCAUUAUUCUCUACACUCCUUCACUACAAACAAAAUAAAAAUAAAAAUGGACCUAAUGAAGAAGAGAAAGCUUGACGACAACAACAACGGCGUUAUCGUAUCCGAUAUCCCUGUGACGGUUACCCAUAACUUUACAAUCGAAGACGCAAAGAAGCUUCUAGAACCUCUCACAUCCGAACAAACCCUAGAAAUCCUUCAAAACGCCGUUAUUCAUCACAACGACAUAUUAGACGCCGUUAGAUUAAUCGCCGAUCGUGACACAACACAGAGAAAACUCUUCAUACGUGGAUUAGGGUGGGAAACAACAACAGAUAAACUUCGUGGUGUUUUUGGUAAUUACGGUGAGUUAGAAGAAGCUAUUGUAAUUCUUGAUAAAGCUACUGGUAAAUCUAAAGGUUACGGUUUCGUUACGUUUAAACAUGUUGAUAGCGCGAUUAUCGCGUUAAAGGAGCCUAGUAAAAAAAUUGAUGGUAGAAUUACUGUUACUCAAUUAGCUAGUGCUGGGAUACAAGGUGGGCCAGGUGGGGGUAAUUUAGGUAAUUCGGUUGAUGUAUCGUUAAGGAAGAUUUAUGUAGCUAAUGUGCCUUAUGAUAUGCAAAGUGAGAGGAUUUUACAGCAUUUUUCGAUGUAUGGUGAGAUUGAGGAAGGGCCGUUAGGUUUUGAUAAGGCGACUGGGAAGUCGAAAGGUUAUGCUUUGUUUGUUUAUAAGACGGUUGAGGCUGCUAGAGCCGCGUUGGUUGAUAGUGUUAAGAAUAUUGAUGGACAUGUGUUGAAUUGUAAGUUGGCUAUAGAUGGGAAGAAAGGGAAGCCCGGGGUUGUGGGUACGGUUGCGGGUCAGGUACAAACGGACGGGCAUGGUGAUCCGAUGGGUCCCGGUCCGGUACAAUAUGGUGUGCCGCCGCCUAGUGGUGGGGUUACGGGUUAUGGUGGAUAUUCGGGGCUUUCGUCGUAUAGUGGGCAUGGACAUGGUCCGAAUCCGGCAUUGGGUAGUGGAAACGGUAUCGGUGUUGGUGUGGGUGGUUCGUCGUUUGGGAGCCAACCACCUAUUAGUGGUGGUGGGUAUGGUUCGGGGAUUGGUGGUGGUCCGUAUGGUGGGGGGUCUCAUUAUGGUGGGCCGGGUUCAGCUGGAUAUGGCGGGUUGACCGGUAGUGCAAGCGGUGUGGGUGGUGGUUUUGGCAGUGCUGGGGCGGUGGGAGGUGCUGCUGGUGCAUUAGGUGGUGGUGGUGGUCGUGGAUCUUCGAUGUAUGGGUUACCACCCCCAAGCUCAACUGGGUUGCCUUCGGCGGGAGAUUAUCCACCACAGGGUUCUCAUUACGGUUCUUUACAUCAACCUCACGCGCUACAAAACCAAGCUCCCGGUCCCGGGGCAUCAGGUGCGCCUAGAGUUCCACCUGGGGGUGGUAUGUACCAGGGGAUGCAUUCAUACUACUGAGUUGAAGGGGCACAACAUCGCUUGGGGAAAAAUAUUAUCCGCUAUAUGUCGGUAGAAGUUAGUUUUGUUCGAUAUAACAAUGCUAGUAUUUGUACUUGGAACCUCACGGGACUCACAUCAUUUUAUCUUGGGAACAUUUGCCUGAAAUUCUCUUCUUAAGUUCAGCUUGUCUUUAGCUGUUCUCUAUCGUCUGUAACUUUUAAGUGCACGAAAGUCUCUUAUCGGGGCAUUGCCUUAAGUACUUCCACUUUCGGAAGACUACGCACUAAAACUAGAAGAAAGACCAAUAAAUCAGGGUCGAUUGCAUUUGAUCCUUGGACAAGUAAGAGAAGACAUCUUGUUCGCCAAGUUGUGAACUACAUAAUUAUAAGAUCGAAUGAAAGUAGUCAAGUUCCUGACAAUUGCAUGAAUCUUUAAGCGUUGUUUGUGACUUGGCUUUGCACCUCAGAGAAAUGUACGGAGAAGACAUCGGCCUAAAAAUUCUUUCUUUUAAAAUUGUUUUUUAUUUGAUGUAAUUGAAAAUUGGUAAUCAUAAGUUUAUAUAUAUAGUUUUUUUGUUAUGUUA